AUGAAUCAACCUUUCACGCUGUCUCGUGGCGGCUGUACCGACAGCACCUGGAGAAGCAGCCGGUGCUCAGAGAUAUGUGUCAACGCACAAAGAGGUGCCGGCGCAGCUGUUGUAUGGCUCGAUGGCGAUGGACAGAGCGCGAGGUAUUGUUGCAACUCGGUCCUUGUUGAUCCAAUCUCUCCGGAGAAGAUCUGUAGCGACAUCGAGGGUGCAAAUGGAACCAGCUUUUCAAUCACCGACGGAAUCAUUGUUCCCGGUGUCGCAGUUCUAUCCAAUUUUGAGGAAAUAACCAACAAUACCUCUUCCUUCAUUGCCAAUGGUACCGACAGUGCUGCUGCUACCACUACCUCUACCACUGCCACUACCUCUACCGCUGCCACUACCUCUACCGCUGCCACCAGCAACAAUAACAGCGGCAAUCAGUCCCGGGAAAUUGCAAUCGGUGCAGGAGUUGGUGCUCCUCUCGCCGUUAUUGCUCUUAUUGCUAUUGGAUGGGCUUUUUGGGAAAGGAGGAAGAGAAAACUGGCAGUCGUUCCGACAGCCCAGCCUAUUCCUUCGAACCAUUCAGCCCGGAAAGUGUUCCCGGACCACAAUAGUUACCCUGUAAGCGAGUUGAGGGAUUAUCGUCCAAAGCCUGCGGAGCUCUAUACUGCCUCGCCUCGUUCGUAG